UGUUCAGGGAUCCUGGUCAGGUUUACUGUCACGGCCGAGCAGGAGGGAGAGAACCUCUCCGGUCUGUCCACCAACCCGGACAAAGACAUCUUCGUGGUCCGAGAAAACGGGACCACCUGCCUCAUGGUCGAGUUCGCUGUCCGCUUCACGGUCCCCUUCGAUGUCCUCGCGCUCAACGGGAUAGAUGUAAGACACGACUCAGAUAUUUGAUGGCUCAGUAUAUUUGUAGAAUGUUACUUGAACAUUGUACAUUCAAAGUAAAAGUCAAGAUUGCAUAUAAAACUGUAUAGAUAAUACAGUUAGAAUAGCCCUACUUUUUAUGACACUUUACCCUCCGGACCUAGCCUACUGAUGGGAAUGUGUAGGUGGACAGAACCUGUCAGACUUCGUCUAUCAACUUGAACUGACAGUGACACACUGUCACAUUGCUGUAUGUACGAAUUUGCUCUCAUUCAGACACACAUGGGACACCCAUGCCACCGCACUGUGGGCUGUGCGUAAAAUGAUGUGCUGAUCUUUUGGAAACACUGUACUGGGCUGUAGCAACAGCGUGCCAGUGUGAAACAAGUCAUAGAAGAGUAGUCUACUGAGAAUAAAACAAGUGUAUGAUCGACACAAUCAAUCAUACACUACUGAAUUAUCUGUUCUGUUCUUUACAGCUGAUCACGGAGAAUGCGUAUCUGUCUCUGCCUCGCGGGGCAGACAUAGAGGGGAAAUGCGGGAGCCAGGACGCCCAUAUACACAUCUCGUGGAAUGAUAACGCCUACACACUCCGCAUCUACUUCGUCAAGGUUUGUCCCCUACUAUGUAACAGUCAGUCUUCAAGCCGAGGCGAAUUACAAUUACCCAAAAUCAUUAAGUGCGUUUACCCGCUGUGGAAUUCUUGUAAAAAUCUGUUUGGGUAACAACGCCUACACAUAACAGCCACGCAUAAUGUUCUGCUGCUGGUGAUGAUUUGGUUAAAAAAAACUCCUAUUGGAAAGCAGGGAAUGACCGUAUGUGUGUGUGUGUGUGUGUGUGUGUGUGUGUGUGUGUGUGUGUGUGUGUGUGUGUGUGUGUUGCAGGAAACCAGUGGCAAGGGAGAUGAUGUGUGGAAGAUUAACAAGGUUCAGUUCGUCUAUGACACCUCGGAGAAAACGCAUUUCCUCAACACAUACAACCGUGAGUAGCAAUUGUAACCCACUCAGCAAUUUUUAGCGAUAUGGUUUCAUUGAAAAAUUAUUUCACAUUUGCACUAAACUGAUACAAUAAAGAAAGACAAUUCACGUGGGCCUUUGGAUAUUUCCAAAUUGUAUUUGUAUUUUUUCAGUUUUCUUUCUACAAAACAUUAUUAUUAUUAUUAUUAUUAUUAUUAUUAUUAUGUUCCUUUUUAAUAUUUGUUUUCGUCACUUCUGAUUUAUUUCAGUCAUUUCGAUUAGAUCUAUUAUAAGCUAAUUAAUUUGAUCGCCUUCAUUACUUAUUGAGAAGCAUUACUUAUUGAGAAGCAUUGAUUAUACAUUAAAUCAAAAUUUCUAAUAUAGGCUACAUUCACGUAGCCUACCCCGACUGCACCGUUUUUGGAUUCAAUAUUAAUCCACAUAUUAAAACUCAUGAUGGGACAGGCUGGGGGGAAGUUGAAAACAGAAUAAUUGAAAGCGAACAUACCAUUUUUUGCUGGAUAAAAAAAGUACUUCUGAUUUCCAUCGAUGGGUCUAAAGCACGUUUUGAUUAUGCUGUAGGUCGCCUCUUUUCUGUACACCCUAUUGGUGUGUGUCUGCCGCAGUGUUCGUUUUAUGUGUUUCUAUAAACAAAGGGAUUCCUAUAACCCUUAUACAAAGAGGUUUUAUACUUAAGAGGUUUUAACAUUUCAAUACUUAUUCCUAAAUCUUUCCUAAAUCUUUGCUGAAUACAUAUACUUUUAUUUCGAUAUUGUGUAGCCUAUAGGCCUACACAUCUAUUUUACCUACUUCUAUUCAUGUUGUGUUUUUGUGUUUCUCUGUAUGAAAUGCAUGCUUGUGUGUGUGUGUGUGUGCAUGCCUGCAUUUUCUGUUUGUACCUACCUACUCAGAUAGUAUCUCUUCUCAUGUACUGUGUACUCCUAUCCCCUCUCCCAUACAGCUGGGAAGCACACAGCCAGCUCCCACCAUUUGUCAGCGUUAGAGACCCCUGCUGGCCGGUCAUAUGUCUGCGAGGCUAAGCAGACACUCACCCUCAUCUCCAGUGACCACCAGAAGGGAGUGACUGUUGCCAUAAGUGACGUCCAGAUCCAGCCCUUCGACAUCAACUCAGACUUCAUAUUCAGUGAAGGUACAGAAUCUAACCCUAACGUCAUACAGCCAUGUUCAGUGAAAAUACAGAAUCUAACCCUAACGUCAUACAGCCAUGUUCAGUGAAGGUACAGAAUCUAACCCUAAUGUCAUACAGCCAUGUUCGGUGAAGGUACAUAAUCUAACCCUAACGUCAUACAGCCAUGUUCAGUGAAGGUACAGAAUCUAACCCUAACGUCAUACAGCCAUGUUCCGUGAAGAUACAGACUCUAACCCUAACGUCAUACAGCCAUGUUCAGUGAAGGUACAGAAUCUAACCCUAACGUCAUACAGCCAUGUUCAGUGAAGGUACAGAAUCUAACCCUAACGUCAUACAGCCAUGUUCAGUGAAGGUACAGAAUCUAACCCUAACGUCAUACAGCCAUGUUCAGUGAAGCUACAGAAUCUAACCCUAAUGUCAUACAGCCAUGUUCAGUGAAGGUACAGAAUCUAACCCUAACGUCAUACAGCCAUGUUCAGUGAAGGUACAGAAUCUAACCCUAACGUCAUACAGCCAUGUUCAGUGAAGAUACAGACAGAACAACAACCUACAGUAGUACUCCCCUCAAUUUGCAAAUGUUUCACACAUGUCAAAUGUAAGGCCCAGUAUCAAAAAGGUUGUCAUCUUGAGGAGAGAUCUGACACUAGUGAUGAUGAGAGAUUGCCGUAAAGUAGUAUUGGAGAAGUUAUCGCACAACCCCUACCAACUGCACUUUCCCUGCUCCCUUCAUCUCCCUCUCCCUCACCCCUUCUCUCUCUCUGGGGGCUGGGGAGUGUUACUGCAGAUUGAAGAGCAGAGCUGCAGAGAGGGAUGGAGGGAGGAGGAGAGAGAGGAAAGAGAGAGAUAGAGGACAAAGUGAGAGAGGUCAUUAGGACUUUAUUGCUGUAGUUAUAUCCCUGUCCUCAAUGCAGACUUUACGACUGUAGUCAUAUACUGUGACCUCUAAAGGCGAUCAUGCUUCUCUCUCUGGACUGCAGUAAACUAGAUUGUUUUUUGCUACAGUGCCCUUCAACUAUAGUGUUUAUUAACCCUUGGUAUACAGAGGCUUUUCAUCUGGUACAUAUUAACCUUUGACACAUUCACAUUCUGUAAGAUCUGCUAACCACCAGAGAGCGGUCCACCAAUGAUAACGUAAACAAUCGAGUAAAUACAUCCUAUGAUCCAGGACAUAAGGUCAUAGUAAAGUACAUGUAAACAAUACAUAUCGCUUAGCUAAUAUGAGCAAAACUAUUUUAAGGCCCUGACUGCCCUUAAAUGUGACCCUUUCUAAUUUAGAGACCAGUGAGACUCUGUUUCUGGGACAUUUUGACCUCAUAUAAUUAAAUGUUGACCUUUGACCUGAUACUAAUCAGUGAUGUCACGUUAAGGCUCUCUCACAGAGGAGAACCUUCUCACUGUGGGGAUGGGAAAAAAUUAUGGGACGUGACUGACCAGAAAACCCAUGUUUAAUUUCCCAAUCAGUUAAAGUUAAGGUUAGGGUUUAGAGUUUAGUGUUGCAGGCCAGUCAUGUAGCUUUAGUUGCACAUGUGUGGAUAUAACUGUGUGUGUGUGUGUGUGUGUGUGUGUGUGUGUGUGUGUAGGGGUAUGUAGCAUGUGUUUGAAUGCUCUGUUGAGCUCAUUUGACAGAUGAACACGUCAGUAACAGUUGAUUUAAUGCAAGGCCUUGGCAUGCAACAGACAGCCAGACAGACAAACACGCACACACACACACACAGUUAUAAUCUAUUCACACAUGAAUGUGGUGUGUGUGUGUGUCUCCCUACAGCCUAUAAGUGCAUCACGGACCAGAGAGAACAGCUGGAGGAGACUCUUCCUCUGAUCCUGGGCUUCAUCCUGGGCCUCAUCAUCGUCAUCACACUGUCCGUCUACCAUUUCCACCUCAAACUGACCGCUGCCACCCAGUCUCAGCUGCCCUGCGACCGAUCCAUGUACAAGAACAUGUAAGGAACAGGACAUUAAAAUAGCCACUAUACCACAAAUCUCCAUUGUCAAGAGGAAUAUGUAAGGAAUCAGAUAUUAUCACCACAAUAGCACAACUCCAUGUUCAAGGUAAUAGAACAUUGAAAAAAGCACAACAUGAUGUUCAAGACAUUACAACCACUAUACUGUAAAAACAAGACAACAUAACCACUCACCAUUCAAGGAUUGGACAUUAGAACAAUGAUCAUUGACUACAAUUAUAACCACAACGCUCCUGCCUCUCCAAAGUCAAACCAACGUGACUUCCCCUGCUCUGAACUUCACCAUACAUUGGAGAGUAGGUCGGAACUUAAAGGAGGCCUAACUUGCGAUAUGGCUAACUUGAGAUACGCUUUUGCGUAAAACCAUGCAUUGAAGCCAAUUGGAGACUUGCGCAACAUUCAAUUUAUGAACAGAGAUGUUUCAGUUAACAUUCCACCCAUCGGUGUUCUGUUGUUUAUAUAUGUCCAGAAAUCCUGGUUAUGUCAAGAAGUCUGCGCUUUGUCAUUCCCCAUCACUUGUCUCGCUCUGUCUUUUCUGUAAACGCGCCGCAAAAGAAACCUCGCAGGUGGCAGGUCCAGAGUUGAUGUUCGGCUGAAGUUUUUUACUUUCCCAAAUCCAGUUUUUCCUUUUCGUUUUUUAAAUGCAAUCAUAGUUGUGAAAGUGGAGAGUGUUGUGGUGUUUCAACGACCUUCAGAAAUCAUGAAAAAUUAAUAAUUGCAGGCAGUGUAUUUACUUUGGUUUGAUGGAUCCUUUUCCAGAUCCCAUUUUAUGGAAUUAUAUCAAGAAAAAAUAUGAAAUAUGUAAAUAAAACAAAUAAAACUUGUUCUCUAAAAAACUUGCAAAGAAAAUAUUUAAUAAUUUAUCUCAUAUCAGAAUGUCAGAAGAAGAAGUGUAUCAUUGUGAAAGAAAUGUGCAAAGAUAUUUAAGAUUUAAAAAUAAUAAAUGUAAAAUAUUUUCAGAAAGAACUAUGCUGAUGCAAACUUUAAUGUUCACUGAAAUAAAUUUCAUAGGAGAUAUCCUAAACCU